AUGGACAUCUGCAGGAAGUUCUUUCUACUCCCCAAGGACAUUAAACAGCAAUAUGCUCGUUCCGUGGUCUCAGAUGUUCCAUACCAUGGCUGGUUUGAUUUUCAGACUGAGAGUUUAGAUCCACUGGCUUGUGAUUUGAAAGAAGUCUUUAAUUACUCAACAUUUUCUUCAAGUGACGUACACCCUGUGAAAGAGCUACCUGAGUUUACAAGCUGUAUUGAGUCAUUCUUCAGAACAUUUCAGGAGUUGUCCAUGCAUGUUAUGAAGGUCAUUGAACUGAGUCUGGGGAUUGAGACUGAUUUCUUUGUCAGCAAGCACCAAAGGAUGGGCAGUCUUUUAAAUCCGUCAGCCCUCAGAGCUGCCUACUACCCACCAGUAGAAAAAUCUUCUUUGAUGGAAAACCAAACCCGAUGUGGGGAACAUUCUGACUACGGGACGUUCACUUUACUCUUUCAGGACAAGAAUGGAGGACUGGAGGUAAUGUCCAGGUCUGGUCAAUACAUCGACGCUCCCUACAUUCCAAAUGCGGUUCUUCUCAACGGAGCCAAUCUUCUGCAGAGGUGGACAUCUGACAGAUGGAUUGCCGCAAAACACCGAGUGCGAAUCCCACAGACGGAAGAUGCUUUGAACAGGAGCCGACAGUCACUGAGCUUCUUUGCCCACCCUGAUCAUGACGCCACUAUUGCCUGUUGUGAUGGUUUAGACAAAUACCCCCCCACCACCUCCAUCCAGUACCUCAUGGAUAAACACCAGGAUAUAUUUUAUAAGGAAUCCUAUCCUUCCACGGCCUGAUCAGGGUAGCAACAAGUGGAUGCCCAGAAGGUUUUCGAAAUUGCAGUAAAGAUAAAUAAAACAAUGACAUAGCAA